ACAGCCAGGUGCUUUUAUCCCUGUCGGGCUUUUUGUGUGGAUGGAUGGAAAGCUGUACAGGGGGCGGAGGAGGUGAGGACAAACCGAGCAGAGGAGAACAGGCUCAUUGGUUGGCUGGUGUCUGUAGCUCAUAGCCCCAUAUUUUAUCAGGAACUGUCUGGAGCUCUUGUCGUUGGGGUGGAAAACGCAGCGGCACAGCAGCCCCGCGAGCUACCGGGAGAACGGUAGCAUGAUAGUCGUGGAGGGGAGUCGGCAGGAAAAGGGUCCGUAUCCGCACUUUACUGCGCGUACAUCGAGUUCAUUGAGUCGGUGAGCGCCAGCGAGCGUCCGACAUGGGGAAGGAGGUAAAUGGUGUCUCCCGGAGCCGGUUUGAGAUGUUCACAAACAGUGACGAGGCAGUAAUCAAUAAGAAGCUGCCCAAGGAGCUGUUGCUACGAAUCUUCUCCUUUCUGGAUGUGGUGACACUCUGUCGCUGUGCCCAGGUCUCACGGUCGUGGAAUGUUUUGGCUUUGGACGGCAGCAACUGGCAACGGAUUGACCUCUUUGACUUUCAGAGGGACAUUGAGGGCCGGGUGGUGGAGAACAUCUCCAAGAGAUGUGGCGGGUUUCUUCGGAAGCUGAGCCUGCGAGGAUGUCUGGGUGUGGGUGACAGUGCCCUGAGGACAUUUUCACAGAACUGCAGGAAUAUUGAGUUGCUCAGUCUGAAUGGCUGCACCAAGAUCACUGACAGCACGUGUAAUAGUCUGAGUAAGUUCUGUCCAAAGCUGAAGCACCUGGAUCUUGCCUCCUGUACCUCAAUCACCAACCUGUCACUCAAGGCUCUCAGUGAGGGCUGUCCCCUGCUUGAGCAGCUCAACAUCUCUUGGUGUGAUCAGAUCACCAAGGAUGGCAUCCAGGCCCUUGUGCGCUCCUGUCCUGGACUCAAGGGCCUUUUUCUAAAAGGUUGCACACAGCUAGAAGAUGAGGCUUUGAAACAUAUUGGGGCCCAUUGUCCAGAGCUUGUCACACUCAACUUGCAGACAUGUUCACAGAUCACAGACGAGGGCCUGAUCACAAUUUGCAGAGGUUGUCACCGCCUGCAGUCUCUGUGUGUGUCCGGUUGUGCCAACAUCACAGAUGCCAUCCUUCACGCACUGGGACAGAACUGCCCCCGCCUCAGAAUAUUAGAAGUAGCCCGCUGCUCUCAGCUAACAGAUGUGGGUUUCACUACAUUAGCAAGGAAUUGUCAUGAACUUGAGAAAAUGGAUUUGGAAGAAUGUGUGCAGAUCACAGAUGGGACGCUCAUCCAGCUGUCGAUCCACUGCCCUCGUUUGCAAGUCCUAAGUCUAUCACACUGUGAGCUGAUCACCGACGAUGGUAUCAGACAUCUCGGCAGCGGCCCCUGUGCUCAUGAUCGGCUGGAGGUGAUCGAGCUGGACAACUGCCCCCUGAUCACAGACGCGUCACUGGAGCACCUGAAGACCUGCCACAGUCUGGAUCGCAUUGAGCUCUAUGACUGCCAGCAGAUCACCCGCGCUGGCAUCAAGAGACUAAGGACCCAUCUUCCGAACAUCAAAGUGCAUGCAUACUUUGCUCCCGUCACUCCGCCUCCCUCCGUCGGGGGCAGCCGUCAGAGGUUUUGCCGCUGCUGUGUCCUGCUAUGAUGUAAAGACAACAACCCCUGUCCUCGUUCCCCCUACAAGCUCCCCACAGCCCGUCACUUGACCCUUGAACCUACUGUCCUCCCAACUGCCGACCCCAAGUCAUAGACUACAUGCUGGUGUGUCCCCCUUUUGGAGCUGCAGAGAGAGGGAGAGAGCCAAACAACGCCACAGGGUCUUGGGUAAUUUUUCCCAAAACAUUCCUGACUCUCCCAAACACACGCACGCACGCACGCACACACAAAACAACAGCCUUUUACACAAGCCGAUAUACAAACACCUUUACACACAGAUUAACUCUUAGACGAAUGUUGGAACAUUCCUGGGCUGUGUUCAGUGGACAAACCAGUAUUACCAUGAUUAUGUAAAAAUCUAAUAUGCUCACCAUCACCAUCAAGUCAACUUAAACAGAAUUGUUACAUGACAAGAUCUUUAAAUGGAAAAAAAAAAGAUUGUCCAGUGUUGACAAGCAGCCAGACUCUUCACUUCUUUAGCACUUUGAGAGAAUUCACAAAAGAAAAAAGAAAAAGGCUGAAAGAGCCCAUUUAACCUCUCACGCACACUUCCCCCCGUGUGUUGAAGGUCACUUAACUGCUACCUCUGGUUGGGAACUGCACUCGAGUAAGAUCUGUGUAAGACUGUUAAUUUCAAGAAGUCGCAGCCCCCCCCUCCCACCACCACCACCAAUAAAGCAGCUGAAAGCCUGUCUUGUGAUUUAAAAAAGAAAAAGAAAAAAAAAAGAAUAUUUGCAGCUAUUUGCACUUACAGUAAAGCAAUGAUGAGACACUUUAAAAAAAAAAAAAAAGAAAGAAAGAUGUUAAUCUCUCGACAACACACAUGUACAAGUCUUCAUUUGAAUGCAUCCACUGAGCUUGCUACACCUGCACCCUCACCUCUCUCUGUGUUACAAUCAGACGCUUCAAUGUACCGAGGGGGAAAAAAAUAAGACAAACUGGGGACUCAUAAGUGGGGAUUCGAGAAGAUGCCAAAUGUUGCAUGUAACACCUCUAGUUUUUUUUAAAUCAAAUUGUACAUAUACGAGGACUGAGUCCUAGAGUCGAAGCCAGCUACCCAACAGACAGCAAUGACAUGAGAUUGGACAGGGAUUGCUGUCGACGGAUCUUUCUGAGGAAACUAUGGAAAAGCUUGUACGUGUGAGAAUGUGCUGGAGCUUUGCAGAGCAGAACGUUCUCAAUCUGGAGUUUGACGAAAGAACCGACGCUGGUUGAUGAAAGCUCUUUUGACGAAAUAGAAGAGAGAGAGGAAAAAAAAGACAUCACUACAGGAAUCCAUGCUGUCGGACCAGGACAAUGGAAAGAAAAAGCCAACUGAAAACAAUCAGAAUUAUGUCUAUUUUCAUCAAGUUUGAUUUCAUUUAGUUAGCUCUUGUUUUUUUUUUCACAUCUGCGACGGUUUACCGACGACGAGGACGUAGUGAACCACGCGCAGCGUUGAGAUGACAUGCCCUGGCAUCGGUGUGGCAGCAGCAGCAGCAACUCCUCAACUCCCAUGAGGCCUUGCAGGCUACAGAGUGACAAGCAUGUGACGUCCUGCCACCUUUGACCUCCCCACUGUCUGUCUGGAAAUGGUAGUGUUGCCGUUGGAGGUGACGGCGAGAUCAGAUCGGACAAGUCACUGCAAGAGGAAGUCGACUGAAUCCUGAGCGCACAAUUCUGUCCCGCUGACACCAGAGGGCUAUAAUGGACUUCAGCCCUCACCCUAUGAAGUAUUGAAGCCUUUUUCUUAUGGAAUAUUUUCCUCCUGCACUUGCACCUGCUUUAUUCUGUCUCUGUUCUUCCCAUUUCUUUGUUAGCGUCUUUUACUGCGUUUUUUUUCCCCUUCUGACGACCUCUGGAUCUUUUCUUCUUCUUUCUUUGCAUUUCUGUUUUUGGUGUGGUUUGGAUUGCGCCUGCUUUUGUGUUUGAAGUCAUGAGUUCAGUGUCUCCGAGUUGAGUUUUGAACCCUCUACCAGUUCCCGGUUUGUGUUUUUAUCAAGAGUUUAUUGUUACUAAAUGUCCGAGCGGGAGGGGAGGGGGCGUGGGCGGGGGUGGGUGAGUGUUGGCACCAGUGCAAUUGUAAUAAAUGUUAAAUGUGAGUUGGAUAUUUUUAUGUAGAUUGAGGAGGAGGUGAUGACAUGUAUGUAUGUGUGAUGUAGGUUACACUUUCUUGAAUGCUUCCUCGAGAUGGCUGAUCAGGCAGUGUGUGUGCCACUUUCACAGAAACACUUCUUUUUUAUUUCUCUCUCCCAUAAGUGUGCGUUCCUCUUCUUUUUAAUUCUCAAGGCUUGCUUUGCCAAAGCCACCCUUAAAUAAUGCACCAAGCCCAAAAUACUAAAAGCAAGGUAGACCAGUGUGGAAUGUGGAUCACCCUGAAAUGUCCCUGUUCUGGUUUUAAGACGACAGAAAAAAAAAAAAAACAAGACUUACAGAUUCUCUUAAGUCUGCGAUUUAACGGCCUGGACAAUACAAACGGAGAUGAAUCCAGUGUAAUCUGGAUUACACUGGAAGCCUGAUCUGCUUUGUUUGAAUGGGGGUUUACGGUUUGGAUUGACAGCAAAGCAUUAAAAUGGUGAAGGUAUCUCGCGUACUCCAUCUUUGUGCUUUGGUGUUAAGACACUUAACCUGGGAAAGAAGCCGUUGGAGCUCACAACAUACGGUUUGAAUGGAUUACAGGUCGUAACGCUCAAACUGCUUCUGAGGCUUUUAUUUGUUAAAAUAAGGAGGAGGGGGAGGAGGGACGGGGGGGGAGGUCGUCGGCCUCUUUGUGGUACAAAACACUAUAGGCUCUACAAAGCAAGACGCCAGAUUUAUUCUCCCUCACAUUAUCAAACACCUCUGUGUCUUUCAGUCACACGUUCACCAGUUUACACGCGGGUCGAGCUCCUCUGCUGUGGAUCGAGAGGGCAAUGAAUGAAUCUACAAGUGUGUGUGUUUGUGGUAAAUAUGACGGCAGAAAAAGAAAUUUGACAAUGACUGUAGUUCAUAAUUACUGUAAAUCUUUUUCCUUUUUUUUUCUUUUCUCCUUUCUCUCUUUUUUUUUACAAUUAACCGAUUAUAAAUGAAUAUGUACGUAUGAAUAAAUAUAUACCUAUAUUAUUAA